AAUAUAUGUACCAUUGUUUGCUCAGGCGUUGACAUCGUUAGGAACAAAAACAAAAACAAUGGCUGAGAUAGAUGACGACAUUCGUCUUUAUACUGGCGGUGUUAAUGCAUCACCCAUUGUAUCUACCGAUCAUUCUGAGCUUGACCAAUACGAAGAAGGCAUCGUAAUAUCUUCACAUUGUCUUGAUCGAAACAUAGAUAAAAUGUAUGAUAUUAUGCAGCAACUUUUAAGAGAAACUAAUUUUGAUAAUAUUGAAAAAUUGCGUACUAUUAUUUAUGGUAAUGCAACCAACAUGAUGAAUUCCGUUGUGGAAUCUGGACAUGUGUACGCGAAAACGUUUGCGGCUUCACGAAUUACUCCAGCUAUGAGUAUUUCGGAAAUUUAUGGUGGAAUGACACAAGUUUAUUUUAUGAAUAAAUUAGCGGUAACUGAAGAUUUUCAAAGUGUUAUUGACAAAUUGAAG